AAUGGUUGUCAUCGUCCAGUUUUUCAUCUGGCGCUUUAGGCACCGGAACUCGGACAGCAUGGUCCUCUGGUGGGUCACGGUGGUCGGCGACUUCUGGUUCGCCGUCAGCUGGCUGCUGAACCAGGCCUCCAAGCUCAACCCCAUCCGGCGCGUCCCCAACCUCGCGCUCCUCAACCAACACUUUGAUCCUCCCACGGCCACUCCCAGCGGCGGUGGCAGCUCCUGCAGCCAGCUCCCGGGCGUCGACGUGUUCAUCAACACCGUGGACCCCGUGGACGAGCCCGUGCUCUGCACCAUGAACUCCGUCCUGUCCAUCCUCGCCACGGACUACCCAGUGGACAGGCACGCGACGUACCUCUCCGACGACGGCGGGUCGCUCGUCCACUACGAGGCGCUGCUCGAGACGGCGAAGUUCGCCGCGCUGUGGACGCCGUUCUGCCGGAAGCACCGCGUCGAGCCGAGGGCACCCGAGAGCUACUUCGCGGCGACGGCGGACGGGCCGUACGCUGGGGACGCGCCAGGGGAGUUCGUCGGCGACCGUCGGCACGUCCGCCAGGAGUACGAGGAGUUGAAGGCUCGGGUGGAUGCGCUGUUCACCGUCAUUCCCCAGAGGUCGGAGGCCAAACAAGGUGGUGACCAUGCGACGUACAUGGCCGAUGGGACGCAUUGGGCUGGCACCUGGAUUGAGCCGGCUGAAAACCACAAGAAAGGACACCACGCCGCCAUUGUCCAGGUUAUUUUGAACCAUCCCGGCGACGAGCCUCAGCUUGGCACGCCGGCGAGCUCCUCCAGCGCUCUGGACUUCAGCGCCGUGGACGUGCGCCUCCCUAUGCUGGUGUACAUCGCGCGUGAAAAGCGGCCGGGGUACGACCACCAGAAGAAGGCCGGCGCCAUGAACGUGCAGCUGCGUGUCUCGGCGCUGCUCUCCAACGCGCCCUUCAUCAUCAACUUCGACUGCGACCACUACAUCAACAACUCCGGUGCGUUCCGCGCCGCCAUGUGCUUCAUGGUCGACCCUCGCCACGGCGACGACACCGCCUUCGUCCAGUUCCCGCAGCGCUUCGACGACGUCGACCCUACGGACCGGUACUGCAACCACAACCGCGUCUUCUUCGACGCCACCUCCCUCGGCCUCAACGGCAUCCAGGGGCCUUCCUACGUCGGCACCGGCUGCAUGUUCCGGCGCGUCGCGCUCUACGGCGCCGACCCGCCCCGGUGGCAGCAGCCCGGCGACGGCGCCUCCAAGCUCCUGGACAACAACCCCCGCAGGCAGUUCGGCGGCUCCAUGCCGUUCAUCACCUCUGUGACCCUGGCCGCGCACCAGGAACGGCCCCUCACGCCGCCAGCGUCGCUCGACGACGAGCGGCUCGUGGCGGAGUUGGCCGACGUCGCGACCUGCGCGUACGAGGACGGGACGGAGUGGGGCGACGGCGUCGGGUGGGUGUACAACAUCGCGACGGAGGACGUGGUGACCGGCUUCCGGGUGCACCGGAAGGGGUGGCGGUCCAUGUACUGCGCCAUGGAGCCCGACGCGUUCCGGGGCACGGCGCCGAUCAACCUCACGGAGCGCCUCCACCAGAUCCUGCGCUGGUCGGGGGGCUCCCUGGACAUGUUCUUCUCCCGCAACUCGCCGCUCCUAGCCGGCCGGCGGCUCCACCCGAUGCAGCGCGCCGCCUACACCAACAUGACGGCCUACCCAAUCUCGGCGGCUUUCAUCUUCGUCUACGACCUUCUCCCGCUGAUGUGGCUCCCCGGCGACGGCGAGUUCUACAUACAGAAGCCGUUCCAGACCUACGCGCUGUACAUGUUCGUCGGCAUCGCCAUGAUGGAGGUGAGCGGCAUGGUGGAGAUCAAGUGGGCGGGGCUGACGCUGCUGGACUGGUGCCGGAACGAGCAGUUCUACAUGAUCGGCGCGACGGGCGUGUACCCGGCGGCGGUGCUGCACAGCCUGCUCAGGCUCGUCGGCCUCAAGGGCAUUCCGUUCAAGCUGACGUCGAAGCUGGUGUCCGCGAGCGGCGGCGGCGUUGCCGCGGGGGAGAGGUUUGCGGAGCUCUACCAAGUGCAGUGGACGCCGCUGCUGGUGCCGACCGUGCUGGUGAUCGCCGUGAACGUCGCCGCCAUCGGCGUGGCCGUCGGCAGGGCGGCCGCCUUCGGGUGGUCGUUCGCGCAGGUCGCCGGCGCGGCGAGCGGGCUGCUUUUCAACGUGUGGGUGCUGCUGCUGCUGUACCCGUUCGCGCUCGGGAUCAUGGGGCGAUGGAGCAAGAGGACCUACCUGCUCUUCGUCCUGCUCGUGGCCAUGCUCGUUAUCAUCGCGUCCGCGUACGUCGCGGUCCUGGCGGUAGUUGCUCCAGGUUCUGUGGCGGCGCUCUGAGUGGCUGGGAGGAUGGCCAGGCAUAGGCGCCAUAUCUCCGGCGUUCUGGUGGGUUUACCUGAUUAUUGUUUGAGAUAGCAAAUAUGUCAGUGCCUUGCCUUGUCUUGCGACGAGAGAAAAAUAAGCUAUCGAAUAUUUAAAAAAAAGAGAGAGUGAGAAUAAAAAUGCUGAGAAAAUAAACUAUCGAUUAUUCAUGAAAAAUGAGAAUAAAAAUGUCAUAUAGCUAUUUCUAUUU